GUACAUGGGAGGUGGUACAUGUACAUGUAAUACAGAUACAUGAUUCCGCUUAUACUUUCCUGUUUAAAGGCGCUAUAUAUACAUUCGUGUAUCUGCUGUACAAGGUUUUGAUGCAGUGGUAGUAAUAAUUGACCUAGAACACCUGGCUAGGUUGAAGGGAUGAUCAGUCUAUCACACAAUGGUUCGAUAUACCUGUUGACCUGCUGUUGACACGAAGAUAACCACAGUGAUAUGUAUUGGCAGUGACAGAGGAAUGUGUACAUCACGUGUCACCCAGUAACAAUAUAUCUUAAAUGAAUUACCAAGGCAAAAGUGAAAAGUCACAGCGUUGCGAUAUAACUGAUGAUUAAAAUGGAUGUUAAUGUGGAUCAGAUCGGCGAUAAUUCCUCGGCGAAUUCUAGCAGAGAAUGUUUGCCUUCGGAACGCCCCCUGACACGAAGUUACUAUCAUGGAAUAUGUGGAACACCUCUAACCAACCAGUCGCUGUUUGCUGGACUGGAGUCUGCAGCCCAGCAAGCACCACCUGAUCAUGUGGCUUUGAAAGUACCAGAGUUUCGUCAGGAAUACACACUCAAAUAUAUUUUCGAAAGGGCAAACACGAUAUCCAGGAGUUUGGUAGAAAUGGGACUAAAGAGAGGUGACGUCGUCAUGUUAAAUGGUGUAGGAGAUGGAGAGUAUAUGACGCUGUACUAUGCUACUGUAUCACUGGGUCUGCAGUUUUACGUUCCCACCAUGCGAUACCCCUUUGAAAAGUUCUUUCCUGUCAGUUUAAAGACGAACCCGUCUGUGAUAUUUGUGGGAAGUCUUGUUAUACCGACUGUUAAAGAAUUGUUAAACGACAUCGUACUGAACAAAAAUGACGCAAGGUAUUGGUAUUGUCCCCGUUUAAGGUUAAAGUUUUACAUUAAAGGGUAA